AUGCAGACGCGGGCAGCAGCCUGCACGCCGGCGGUGCUGGCACCGGCGCGGCCCGCCUGCCAGACACGCCCCUGUAGAUUCGCAGCAGCGGUGGCGCGGCGGCAACCCGGUCCGGCACAGCAGCAGCGCGGCCGCCUGCUACUGGUGUCUGCAGUGGCAGCCCCCGCGCAGCUCAGGGCCAAGAAGCGGCCCGCCUUCCCCUUCACGCGGCUGGCGGGGCAGGAAGACAUGAAGCUGGCGCUGCUGCUCAACGUGGUGGACCCAACCAUUGGCGGCGUGCUGAUCAUGGGCGACCGCGGCACCGGCAAGAGCGUGGCUGUGCGCUCCCUGGUGGACCUGCUGCCCAUGAUCGACGUGGUGCAGGACGACCCUUUCAACUCCCACCCCACAGACCCCAAGCUGAUGGGUCCGUACGCGCUGCAGCGGUAUGCCAAGGGGGAGAAGCUGCCGGCCACCACGAUGCGCACGCCGCUGGUGGAGCUGCCGCUGGGGGCCACAGAGGACCGCAUCUGCGGCACCAUUGACAUUGAGAAGGCGCUGAGCGAGGGGGUCAAGGCGUACGAGCCGGGGCUGCUGGCGCGCGCCAACCGCGGCAUCCUGUACGUGGACGAGGUCAACCUGCUGGACGACGGGCUGGUGGACGUGGUGCUGGACUCGGCCGCGGGCGGGCAGAACACUGUGGAGCGGGAGGGCAUCUCCAUCGUGCACCCCGCCAAGUUCAUCAUGAUUGGCAGCGGCAACCCGGCGGAGGGGGAGCUGCGCCCGCAGCUGCUCGACCGCUUCGGCAUGAGUGUCAACGUGGAGACCCUCAUGGACGUGGACCAGCGCACGCAGAUGGUGAUGGACCGCAUCGCGUACGAGCGCGACGCAGACGAGCUGGCAGCCACGGUGCUGGCGGACCAGGAUGCGAUGCGCGCCAAGCUGCAGGCGGCGCGCCAGCUGCUGCCCAAGCUGUGCUCCUUCCUGGACAUUGACGGCGUGCGCGGCGACAUCACCAUCAACAAGGCGGUGCAGGCGCUGGUGGCGUUUGAGGGGCGCACCGCCGCCACCAAGGAGGACCUGGAGCGCAUCGCGCCGCUGGUGCUCAACCACAGGAUGCGCAAGGAUCCUCUGGACCCGAUUGAUGGCGGCACCAAGGUCCGCAUCGCGCUGCGCCGCCUGCUGGACCCCGAGGCAGUCAAGCGGGAGGAGGAGCGGAAGAAGAAGGAGGCGGAGGCGGCCAAGGCCAAGGCGGCGGGGGAGAAGAAAGCGGGCGCAUGGGGCGGCCUGCCUGGGCGCUGA